GGCGUGUUGCUUGCCGGUGAACCCGGUUGUGGCAAAACUUCCCUUGUCAGCUCACUUGCAGAAGCGCUUCACCUCCCCUUAUUCGUCAUUGAACCAAGCAUGUUGUUUGGGUCUUUUAUUGGAGAUGCAGAAACCAAGCUUCAGCAGCUCUUUGAGCAGGCUCGGGCACAGGCUGGUGCGCAGCCCGCGGUCAUCUUUCUGGACGAAAUCGAUGCCAUUUGCCCCAAGCGCGUGGAUGGCCGCACGGGCGAAUCGCGCCUCGUAGCCCAGCUUCUCACACUUCUCGACGGGAUUGAUAGUCAGCGUCGCCAACAACUCAUCAUAAUCGGUGCCACCAACCGACCCAAUGCUUUGGACGCGGCGGUGCGCCGACCCGGCCGCUUGGAUCGCGAGAUUGUCAUCCCACCCCUGAACCACGAGGCACGGCUGACCAUAUUGCAGCGCUUGCUGAGGGCGACGCCGACAGAUGCCGACUUGCAACUAGCUGCGCUAGCAGAACGGCUCCAAGGCUUCGUGGGUGCCGAUGUGGCCGCUUUGGUGCGAGAGGCGAGCCUACACGCCGCGCGCCGAGGACGCCAGACAGUCGGCCAUGCCGAUUUCAUCGCCGCACUGGGUGUCGUGGUUCCGGCUGGACACCGCCGAGACUAUGUGGAUGUUCGCCCCACGGCCUGGGAAGACAUUGGCGGCUUGGAGGCCGUUAAAGAGGAGAUCCGCCAAGCCAUAGAAUGGCCCUUGCAUUAUCGUGAGGCCUACGAACGACUGCAACUGCAACCCCCGCGCGGUAUCCUACUCUAUGGUCCGCCGGGCUGUUCCAAAACGACCAUGGCCCGGGCCGUGGCGUCAUCAGCCCACGCAACCUUUUUUGCCGUCAACGGCGCGCAAAUCUUUUCCCCAUAUGUUGGCGACUCGGAAGCGGAGUUGCGCCGCAUCUUCCAGCGCGCGCGCGCGUCAGCCCCAUCCGUCAUCUUCUUUGACGAGGUGGAUGCGCUGGUGGGGCGCCGAGAUGGCGAAGGCUCAAGCGUUGCAGCGCGGGUCUUGUCAACGCUUCUCAACGAGAUGGACGGCAUUGAGAGCGCAGGCAACGUGAUGGUGCUGGCGGCUACCAAUCGGCCCGACCAACUCGACGCCGCCUUUGUGCGCCCGGGCCGCAUCGAUCGCGCUAUUUACAUUCCACCUCCGGAUGGGCCAGGACGUCGUGCGAUCAUCACCGCAGUAUGCCGGACGAUGCCCGUGGAUUGGGCCGCCACCGAUCUGGCUGAUCUGGAGGCCCGGACUGCAGACUGGACUGGUGCAGAUGUCAAGUCACUUUGUCAGGAAGCGGCAUUGGCAUGCCUGCGACGGGGUGGUGCCAAAAUGGAGCAGCAGGAUUUUGCGUCUGCCUUAACCGUGGUUUCGCCCUCGCUCAGCCGCGACGACCUCCAGUUCUAUGCGAACCUGCGCGUUGCAGCCCAGCACACGAUGCUUGCCUCCUCCGCUUAAGUGUGGCGAGGCCAAUAAAUCUGACAUUCAGAUCAGCUAUCAUCUUGGGAGUUUUUGAAUGGCUGAAAACAAUUAAAUCCUGAUCAU